AUGGCUCUGCUGCUCGCCUGGACGUGUGUCGCUGUGAGCCUGGGGACGGCGCUGGGGGACCAAGGCGACGGGGCGGACCUGUAUUCGGAAAACAUCACUCGGAUCCUCGACAAGUUGUUGGACGGCUACGACAACAGGCUCCGACCGGGAUUUGGAGGCGCCGUGACAGAAGUCAAGACCGACAUCUACGUGACCAGUUUCGGGCCGGUGUCCGACGUGGAGAUGGAAUACACAAUGGAUGUCUUCUUUCGUCAGACAUGGACUGAUGAGAGGUUGAAGUUUAGUGGGCCAACUGAAAUUUUGAGACUGAACAAUUUAAUGGUCAGUAAAAUUUGGACACCAGACACAUUUUUUAGAAAUGGAAAAAAAUCAAUUGCUCACAAUAUGACAACUCCUAACAAACUUUUCAGAAUUAUGCAGAAUGGAACUAUUCUUUACACAAUGAGACUAACCAUUAAUGCUGAUUGUCCUAUGCGGUUGGUGAACUUCCCAAUGGAUGGACAUGCUUGUCCACUGAAAUUUGGAAGCUAUGCUUAUCCAAAAAGUGAAAUAAUUUAUACUUGGAAAAAAGGACCAUUGCAUUCAGUAGAAGUACCACAGGAGUCUUCCAGUCUUCUCCAGUAUGACCUCAUUGGACAAACUGUAUCUAGUGAAACAAUUAAAUCUAACACAGGUGAAUAUGUAAUCAUGACAGUUUAUUUCCACUUGCAAAGGAAGAUGGGCUACUUCAUGAUACAGAUAUACACUCCUUGCAUUAUGACAGUCAUUCUUUCUCAGGUGUCUUUCUGGAUUAACAAGGAGUCUGUUCCAGCCAGGACAGUUUUUGGAAUCACUACAGUUCUCACGAUGACCACUUUAAGCAUCAGUGCUCGCCAUUCUCUGCCCAAGGUGUCCUAUGCCACCGCCAUGGAUUGGUUCAUAGCUGUGUGCUUUGCCUUUGUCUUCUCUGCACUCAUUGAGUUUGCAGCUGUCAACUACUUCACCAAUCUCCAGACUCAGAGAGCGAUGAGGAAGGCAGCCAGGGCAGCAGCACUGGCAGCAGCACUAUCAGCAGCAACUGUACCGGCAGAGGACGAGAUUGUCUCGCAUUCUGACUCCAACUCUAACCUGAAGAAGCGAGUAAACUCCAUAGCAUCUCAGGCAGAGCAGUCUCCUGAGCCCAGCAUAAUAUCAAAUACUGCAUCCCAGUGUCAGCCACUGUCUGUUCCUCCACCAGCCCCACCACAACCCCCAGCUAUUGGAGGUGCAAGUAAAAUAGACCAGUAUUCCAGGAUCCUCUUCCCAGUGGCAUUUGCAGGAUUCAACCUGGUGUACUGGGUUGUUUAUCUUUCAAAAGACACUAUGGAGUUUUUUGAACCUUUGGCAAUGCAUUUUCGAAAUGACCCUCAGCCCAACUGAAGAACAGCCCAAGAUUUCAAGGAAAUCACUCAAGGUCACA